CUGUCUUCGUCUUUCUCAAUUAGCCGCGAAGGUUGCUGGGUUGCGUCCUGAUUUCGCGAGUGUAGAACGCACUUUUUGAUUUUGGGCAGUGUUAGGGUUCACUUUCCCGUUUCUUUCCUGGUCAUUAGAUUUCAGUAUCGUAUCGUGGUGCUACCUGGAACUCUGAAAUUUAUGCUUCGAUUUGACGUGGAAGCACAAUGAGGUUGGAGAAGUGCUGGUUCUGUUCCUCCACCGUAUACCCUGGCCAUGGUAUUCAGUUUGUUCGAAAUGAUGCUAAGAUAUUCCGGUUUUGUAGAUCCAAAUGCCACAAGAACUUUAAGAUGAAGAGAAAUCCUCGGAAGGUAAAAUGGACCAAGGCCUAUAGGCGAUUACACGGAAAAGAUAUGACACAGGAUUCAACUUUUGAAUUUGAGAGGAAGAGAAAUCGGCCAGAGAGGUAUGAUAGGAAUCUGGCGGAGAACACAUUGAAGGCCAUUAAGAAGAUAGACAAGGUUAGAGUCGAUAGGGAGGCCAGGCACCACAAGAACAGAAUGAGGGGCAAGAAAGCAAAGGAGCAGAGAGAGGCAGCGAAGGAGUUGGAGCAAGGAAUUCACCUGGUCAAAGCUCCAUCUGUACUUCAAGAGGAGCCAUCUCUCACUUUGCCCAAGAUCAAGGUCAAGGUUUCUCAUCAAGAAUCUCAGGAAAACCGAGCUAUGGAAGAAUGAUUUCAUCAUCAAAACCAGUUCCAUAUACAUUUGUUUCAUCAUUAGGAUUGAGGUCUUAUCAAUUUUCCCCUGUCCGGUUACUUGUAAGGGUAUCAUAAACUUAUCUGGUUUUGGUCUGAAUACUCCGAUGCCCCCUCUCUCUGUGAUGUCUAAUGAUCAUGACUUAAGACCAGUGCACAUUGCUGGUUCUUUUCCUUUUUGAGUUAGUAUAUUAAUGAGACCUCCGAGGAAUGUAGUAUGUUCGGAUUGGAUGUUCAUAAGUUGAAAGUGUUGGAGCCUUAAUG